GGUUCGAUUUUUGUACCAUUGACGAGCCCGAUAUAUAUCCCAGAUGUAUGUCCGUUACGCACCGAUUUAUGGAAUGUCAACGUAUUCAAAUAAAAUGUUUUUAUAUUCGUUAAUUUAAGAAUAUGGAUAGAUUAACCUCACUUCAUUACCGGGUUACCAUGGAUUUUCAAAAUAUUCUUGUGAUUUUGGCAAGUUUUGUUGCCCUUCUAUUAAUUACUUGGCAACUGGUGGAUUAUUUGUGUCCGUGGCUGAAAUACGACAUCCAAUAUCUGAAAAUAGGUGCCAAAGCAGUGCUUUUAAUUAGAAAGGCCAGCAAAAUGAAGCCAACGUUGACUAUUAUUGACAAGUUAAUAGAGCAAGCUAAAGACAAUGCAAGAAAACCCUUUAUAUACUAUGAAGAUGAAGUUUGGUCUUAUCAAAGAUUAAACGAAUACUCAAAUCAAGCUGCUAGAGUGAUGUAUAACGCAGGAAUUAGGAUAAAUAAAACGGUUGCACUACUGAUGAACUCUAGGCCUGAGUUUGUUGGUUUAUGGUUUGGAAUCGGAAAGACAGGCGGAGCCACUGCCUUUAUCAAUUAUAAUAUUCGCGGAAAUUCUCUAAUACACUGUUUAAAGGUUUCGGAAUGUAAAGCAAUAGUUGUGUCGAACGAUCCGGAACUCAUAAAGGCAAUCGAAGAUAUUGCAGACUUCAUCAAAACUGAUGAAAUACAACUCUAUGUACUUGGUGAUCUAAAGGAUGAAGUCAAAUUUGAUUACGAACCACUUAAUCAAUUACUUGCUGAGCAGCCACAAACAGAAUCACCAGUCGAAUGGAGAAAAGAUCUGACAGUUAAAAGUGAUUUCUGUUACGUUUACACAUCUGGAACAACAGGAUUACCAAAAGCAGCUGCAAUGAAACACGGUCGGAUAUUACUUGGUAGUCAAAUGAUUUUAUGUGGAGGUGUCAGACAUGAUGACAUUGUAUACUCCCCUCUACCCCUUUAUCACGUAUCAUCUGGAAUAUUGGGAAUGCUUGGGGUACUAAGUCUAGGGGCGACUGUAGUUGUCCGAAAGAAAUUUUCAGCAAGUCAUUUCUGGGAAGAAUGCAGAAAAUACAAUGCUACAUUUGUUCAAUAUAUCGGAGAGACAAUUAGAUACGUCUGUGAUCAACCCCCACACCCGGACGACAAGAAUCAUUGUGUGAGAGCUAUCAUGGGUAAUGGUUUGAGGCCAGCAGUUUGGAGGAAGUUUCUAGAUCGAUUCGGAAAAGACAUUAAAGUUGUUGAAAUGUAUGGGGCAACAGAAGGAAACACGGCGUUUUUUAAUUUAGAUGAUAAUUUUGGAAGUGUUGGAAGUUUCAGUCCUCUUAUGAAGGCAAUGGGAUUGGUAUCUCUGGUGGAGUACAAUCAAGAAAAUGAGGAAAUCUUCCGAGAUGCUAACGGGAGGUGUGUUCCGGUUCCAUACGGAAUUCCUGGACUUAUGAUUUGCAAAAUUACGUCAUCAACAGAAUUUCAUGGAUAUCUUGGAAAUAAGAAACAAACGGAAAGUAAAAUUUUACGAAACGUGUUCAAGGAUGGGGACUCGUACUAUAAUUCAGGAGAUUUAUUAAGGCGAGAGCGAGAUUAUCACAUGUAUUUUGUUGAUCGUGUGGGAGAUACUUUUCGAUGGAAGGGCGAAAAUGUAUCUACCAAUGAGGUUGCUGAUGCAAUGGGUAAUGCUCCUGGUAUCAAAGAAGCAAAUGUUUACGGAGUUGAGAUUCCAGGUAACGAGGGAAGAGCAGGAAUGGCCGUUGUAUUAAUCGAAAAAAAUACUGAGCUUGAUUGUAUUGAAGUUUACAAGCACGUGUGUGCAUCUCUAGCUUCAUACGCACGACCUUUAUUUGUGAGAGUCAAAGAAGAACUCGAGGUCACUGGCACGUUCAAACAGAAGAAAGUUAAACUAGUAAAAGAGGGAUGCAAUCCAGAAAACAUGGCAGGCGAUCCGAUUUAUUUUAUGAACCACAAGGAAAAAUGUUAUUCUCUCUUGACUAAAGAGGCCUAUCAUAAUAUACUGAAUAACACUAUAAGGAUGUAACAUAUUUGUGUGAGAGUGUGAACUACUCGUGAAAUCAGAACUAACAAUUUCUAGCAGCGUGCCUGAUCAAACACGAGAACAUUAAACUACGCUAUACUUUCUAUUUUUCAUAAUGAAACCACGGUCUGUUUACAAAGAGCUGAUUGAUGGUCGCCAAUUCCCAAUGAACUCUACAUGUUGCGUGUUUCGAAGGUAACUUUUAGGACGACUGUACCACCGUACAACCACAGGUGGUCAUCCAGCCCUAAUUUUAAUCAUUGUAACCAUUUUUCAGUAAUGUGACAGCGUUGUUGAUUCUCUCAAAAAUAUGAUCAAACUUAAAUAAAUGUUUUAGAUUGUUAUCACACUUCAGUGCAUGACUGCGUGAAUUAGGCUUUCUAGUUGAGUAAUCAUAAAAUAAUCGAGGAACCCAUCAAUCAGAAUCGCAUUUAUUGUUUCCGUAGUAUAGUUUGCUAUCCAUGUUUAAUUACCUACCUUUUUAUUUAAUCAAUCUUCUAAUCGAUUUCGGCAUACGAAUAUAAAGCCUGGUGCAAUUGUUGAGAUUGCAGACAUGGUUUUCAAUAACAACGAGGAAGAGAUCAGUCCAUACUUAUUUCUAAACUUAUUUGCAUUGAGUUUUAGGAGUAGAAAAAGGUACAUUUUCAGUAUAAAUUUUGUCGAUCCCUGAAAAAAUUUGCUUUCACACAUUAUUGACUUUAAUGUUUUGUCGAGCUAGGUUAAUUUUAGUUUCGGUGAAGUUUUACACAAUUCAAAAGAAUCGUUUUAUGGUAAA